AUGGCGUCCAGAGAGACCAGCAUCCAGAUGGCAGGGGUACUGGACGGCAAGGCGGGGUGUGCUCUGUCCCCGGAGCCGCUUCUCGUUCGUGUCCCGUCGCAGGCCGCCGGCGCUGGUGAGCAAGCUCAUGCAGCUUCUUUGACGGAGGCCGCCGUUAUCGUCGGCGGCAUGACCACGCUUACCAUCAAGGACGCUGCUCCCGCUGAGACGCCGUGCUUUCCGGGCUCGCCGUCCGGGCUCUCCCUCUCGCAGGCGCAGCUUGGCAUGCCGCCGUCCAUCCGCUCGUGCAACCCCGCUCGGGUGCUGCCGAGCGAUUCAAAGCUGGAAGGCCACAUCCCGGCCGAGCCGCGGCUGAUGAAGCAGACCGUGGUGGGCGGUGACGAGGCACCAUCGCUGCUGCGUAGGGACGGCGCGCGGGAGCUCUCGGACAGUCGGUUUGACCACUUGAAGACCUUCUCCGGCCGCCUCCGCUGUCUGCAGCUUGGCCUGCUGCCAGUUGACAUUGAGCAUGGUGCCGCGCCCAAUAACUCCAAUGGGGACGCCGACGAGCAGAACGUAGUCCCCUCAGCCGACCGCUACUUCGCCGCCCUCCAAGGCCCCGAGCUCGAGACCCUUCGGUCGACGGAGGUGCCAACGCUGCCCGAGGAUGAGCAAUGGCCGUUCCUUCUCCGGUUCCCGAUUAGCGCGUUCGGGAUGUGCCUUGGCAUGAGCACCCAAGCGAUGCUGUGGAAGUCUCUCGAGUCGGAGCCCUCAACAGCAUUCCUCCACGUGCACCCCGCCGUCAACCACGUCCUCUGGUGGGCCUCUCUCGCCCUCACCGCCAUCGUCUCCAUCACCUACCUCCUCAAGGCCAUCUUCUACUUCGAGGCCGUCCGCCGGGAGUUCCACCACCCGGUGCGCGUCAACUUCUUCUUUGCGCCUUGGAUCGCCGGCCUCUUUCUCGUCAAGGGCGUGCCACACCCGGUGUGGGAGAUCCACCACGUCGUGUGGUACCUCCUCAUGGCUCCCAUCCUCUGCCUCGACAUUAAGAUCUAUGGCCAGUGGAUGUCCAGCGGCGAGCGCCGACUCUCCAAGGUGGCGAACCCGUCCAACCACCUCGCCGUCGUCGGCAACUUUGUCGGCGCGCUUCUCGGGUCCAGGAUGGGCCUCCGAGAGCUGCCCAUUUUCUUCUUCGCCAUCGGGCUAGCGCACUAUGUUGUGCUCUUCGUCACCCUCUACCAAAGGCUCCCCACCAACGUGCAGCUACCCAAAGAGCUCCACCCGGUAUUUUUCUUCUUCGUCGCCGCGCCCAGCGUCGCCUCCAUGGCCUGGGCGAGCAUCUCCGGUGAGUUCAGCGACGGCGCCAAGCUCCUUUACUUCGUCUCGCUCUUCCUCUACAUGUCGCUGGUGGUGCGCAUCAACCUCUUUCGGGGGUUCAGGUUCUCGUUGUCGUGGUGGGCCUACACGUUCCCGAUCACGAGCGUGGCCUUGGCAACCGUGUUGUAUGCGUCGGAGGUGGACAACCUGUUGACGCGGGCGCUGGCGGUGGGGCUGUCAGGGAUUGCCGUUGUCACGAUCACCGGUGUGUUGGCCACUACCGUGUACCACGCCUUCGUGCGAAAGGACCUCUUCCCUAACGAUGUUUCCAUAGCCAUCACGCGGCGCAGCCCCAAGUUCAGCAAUAUCCUCGCCCAUUUCCGUUCUUCUAGCUCGGACAUCAAGGAGCUCGACCUCUCCAUCAUCCCCAGUUCAUAUUCCAGUUCCGAAAACGGCACCAACUCCAGUGACUCAUGUUCCAAUUCCAGGACAAGCAGCAACGCCGAAGAGCCUCCGGUGUCACACGGGCAUGGAAGAGCAGAGUGUCCGGUAGUGCACAACAGGUUGCACGCAUGCAUGUCUACCACAUAG